UUCGGUGAACGGGUUAUUGCCCUGCCGGUGGAAAGAAAGAAAGGGUUAUAACAGAAGUUUGACAUUUUCCCUCUCUUUCGUUUUUUUCAUCGAAAAUUUCAGGAAAAUCAGAGAAAAUAGGAUUCGCUUUUCUCAGAGAAAGAGAUCCAUCCCGACCCCUCAUGACUUCAGCCACGCCCCCAAAUUCUAAAAACUUCCGUCAAUUUCACGGAAACAAUCAAUUUCUUUAGUUCCAGACGUCUGUUUUAAUGCCAAUUUCAUAUAACUAUGGUUUCUUUACACACUCCCAACAAUUGUUUUCACCAAUUUCGGUCUAUUAAUCUAAUUUCACCCUCUGGGUAUCGAUCGAUUAUCAAUAUUUUCCAUGAUUUGUACUGGGUUUUCAGAUUUUUUAGAAUUUCAAUGUUAAUUUUUGUAAAUUAUCCAGCUUACUCUGGAAAAUUUUCAUUGAUUUCGGAUACUAUUUUACGUGAUUUGGGCUAUUUUUUCUCAUGUUCUCCUUCUUUCUUGUAGAUUAUGCGUUGAAAAUUGUUGCAGAGCUCGAGUCGGCUUCACGGUUGAGGACUGCACAGUUCUUAAUUACACAGAGGCCAUGGCUUGGUAAUGCCCCAAUGCAAUGCCAUUUUUAUGUCACUUAUUUGGUCUUAAUCCAAGAUCUCUAUGGAGUUAUUAUCAGGCCUGUUGCUCCAUUUGGGAGUGCAAGUAGUAAACCAUUUGUUGAUACAGCUCUACUACACCGGUCCUUGCCCGAUGAGCUACUUUUUGAGAUCUUCGUGAGAAUGACUCCAUAUACCAUGGGAAGGGCAGCUUGUGUUUGUCGGAAAUGGAGAUAUACAAUUUGUAAUCCUGUGUUUUGGCGCAAUGCAUGCCUAAAGGCUUGGCAUCUCUCUGGGGUUGUGGAAAAUUAUAAAAUCUUGCAGUCAAAAUAUAUGGUUCAUGGAGGAAAAUGUGGCUUUCAAGACCGAGGGUCCACACUGAUGGCUGGCAGGAGGAUGAGACACACAACCCAGACGUGCCAGCUGUUUCACAUAGGAGGGUUCUGACACCUUAUGUUUUUGUACCAUUUGAAGAGGUACAUUUUUUGUCUUCUCUUGAUUUUGGCUUCAAAUUGGCAAAUAGUGAAAACAUUCUUCAUGUUUUCUCAAAGAAGUUAUGAAUUGUGCUCUACAUGGUAGUUAAUCGUUUAUUUUUUGAAUAGUUGAAUUCAAUGUGGAUGUGAUGAACCUAAAAUAGGUCAUUAUCCAUUUUUAAUCCCAUUUAUGCUGGGUGUUGGGAGGGGUGGAUUCUCCACACGCAACCUUUGUAUUCUUUUUGUACACAAAAUGGCUGCUUUCAAACUAAAAUUUAUUUUCUCAUGUUUGGCAACCCUAGCUUUUACACCAAGCAAUUGUGUGAACCUAAAAUAUUUGAUGAACAUUGCCCCAUUAAUUAAGCGUUAACACAUAAAUCAUCAAUUCUGUCAUACACUCUUUUCUUACAAUUUUGCCCAAGUUAUUUUUGUUCUUCAUAUUUCCAGAGCAGUGUUGCCAAAUGGAACCAUGUGACUCUUCCUGAUUUGUGCAAUCAUUGCACGUAGCAAAACUAUCUCAAUCAAAAUUUUCUCAUUUUAUGUCUUACUUCUUUCCACGAAUGUUUACAUUUUAUUUUAUUUUAUCAUAUCUUCUCUCACUACACAUCUAUUUAUAUAUCCAUAUCUCCAACCUGCUCAUUUUUACAAACAUCUGUUUCUUGAUCUCCUAGCUUUCUCUUCCAUGUUUGACUAAUCUAGUUACUAAUUUUUUUUUUUUUUUUUUUACAUAAAAUUUGUCUUUCAACUUUUUAUUUACACGUCAAUCGCACAUUAUGCCCUAAGAAAUCGUCCACUUAGCCCAUCGUGCUUUAGUUCUAUCCUUAACAUCAUCUUUAGCUCUCCUUUCCUAGGAAUAAUCAAUCCUUAGUGACAAAACACAUCUUCUACUUCUCUAGAGUUUCGAUCUUCACAGUGUCCCAAUGUGAUUCAUAUAUUUAGUAAAAUCCUAUUGAUUAUAAGUACUCUUAUUAUAGAGCUUCUCUGAAUCUCUAAUAUAGUAUUUUUGUUAGGUUAAUUUGAUCACUUAAAAAACAUCAUUAGCAAAUACCAAAUAGUAUAACCCCAAGGGGUUGGCUCAAGUGAGUAAGUCACUUGGUCCUGAUGCCUUAAGAAGAAUUAGGUCUAAGGUCCGACUACUAUUGGGUGCAAACGAUUCCUUGGAGGGGGAGAGUGUGAGUACCAACUAGGGACAAAAAAAAAAAAUUGUACAGAACUUCAUCCUAAAUGUAUCUAGUCAAUUCAUCCAUAACUAAGUAGUCAAUUUGCUGAAUCGUGUAUUUAUCGAAAUAUGUAGAAUGACUACCUAGGUUUCUCAUUUUCUAGCAAUGGUAACUUUCUGCUAUCUGAGGUCUAACUUUAGUGAGAUAUUUAUUUAUUUAUUUAUUUUUAUUUUUAUUUUUUUAUUAUUUUUUUUUUUGGUGACGAUGGUGGUGUCGGGCUUUCUUAGAACAACCAUAAUACAUGCAAUCCCCCCGUCUCACAUGCACUUGGCAAAAACCAGGAAAUUUCCCUUUGGUGGCCACAACGGGAUUUGAAUUCCCAACCUCUAAAAUGUGAGGUGAAAGUUUUUGUCAUUAGGCUAUCCCCUCGGGGUUAAAUUUAGUGAGAGGUAACACAAGCCUUCUAGCAUUCAUGGAAGAGAAAAGGAAUUCCCCUUUUUUUUUUUUCAAGAAAUUUUGAAUCCUCACUAGGUUCUUUGUGGGUCCUGGUCACAACUCAGUGUUGCUUAUGUGAGUCAAUAUCUUCUCUAACAUACAAAGAGAUAAUAUAUAUGUCUAUAUAUCUCUAACAAUAAACUCAAAAGUUUACUUAUCAAAAAAGAAAGAAAAACUCAAAGUUUCCAUAAUAAUUUUAUGAAAAAAUAGUAACUGAAAAAUGAAUUAUGUUAAUGUUCUUUUAUGAAUGAAUGAAACAUAGUAAAUGUAUAUUUUAUUACAUAUGGUGUGGUAAAAAACGUACUAGACACAAUGAAGAUUUUAAUAAAAUUUGAAUCUUAAGUAUUUAGCAUCAAUUUGAAGUGUGAAUUACACUUGUUUAAUGGUAAACAUGUUAUUCCUUUUCAACGGAAGCUAUGUUACUUGUUAUUUCAAGAUGGGUGACAUACAUGGCUGAAGUACAUUUUGGACAUCAGGACAUGACAAGAUCAUAGUUGUUGAAGGCGUGCUUGUGCUCAAAUAUAUGCACUAAUUCAUUAAGGCAUAUCCGAAGUACUUUAUCUUAUGCUAGUCAAUACCCUUCCAGCCAGGUGCAUGUGAAACACUCAAAUGUGUGCUUUUUAGUUAGUUUUAGGCUCAGGAAAAGGGCGUCUACUUUUCACUAAAUUUCACUUAAUUUUUUACGCAUUUAAUCAUCCUGGAUUAUGUGGAGAAAAGGUUGGAGAGGAAACAAGUAUCACCUAGUUGGUGGAAGAAGGUUUGAUCUUUAUUUUAAGGGUGGGGCCCUUGAUACCAGAAGCUCAGGCUAUCUAACCAACCUUUGAUUGGAAUAUGGCUGUGGAGGUUUGAGAUAGGAAAGCUUUGUGGUGUGGAGUGGUGGAUCAAAAGUAUUGUAGCUCUUCGUGUGGGUGGGUGUCGAGGAAAGUAUAUAUGUAAGAAGUCCCAUGUGGUGGGUUAGGGAUAAUUCUUUACCCUUGUUACUUUCUAAUUGGUAUGAGCAAUUAUGUGGUGAAAUGGAGAUCGGACUAACAAGAAUGAGGAUGCUUGUCAAGUAUGAGAGUAGCCACUUGGUGCAAAGUAAUGCCAAAGUAGCCAUGUCUCUUUUUAGACCAGACUACCACUGUGUGAUGGUCCUUUUUACUAAGAAUUAGUCAAUCCACUGGACCAUGUAGAGGUUUCUAUAGCCAUCCUGAUUUAGGUCACUCAUGUAUUAAUGUUUCAAUGUUUUUUGUGGAAAGUUUUCUCAGUCCAUUGGCACUUCAGUGGGGUUAGGGCUUUAUUUCCUGGUAGAGCACCUUUAAAACUCCCUGGUGGAAUUUGUCUUCCAUUUGAUCUCAUGUUCUUAUAUGCUUGUAAAAGUUCUACAGCUGUGUAUUUGAUUUAAUUGCCACUUAAAGCCACAAAGAGUUAUAGAUCACAUUCUUCAAGCACAAAUUUGAUUUAAUCGUCAUUACACACCUCAUUUUAGUACCAUAUUAUUUUCUUUGAGAAUUCUUCUUUUCGAUAAAGGGUCAUUAUCUGGUUCCACUAAUCAUGGGUGUUGGAGGGACAAUUUGGAUACAAACUUGAAUCUUUGCCAUUGUUUACACAAACAAAGCAACUAUGCUCAAGAUUUGAAUAUGUGUUCUCACGCUUGGGAGUAGAGUUUUUAUGACCACUUCACCGAGCAGUGGCCCUAGAAUUGUUUUUUUUCUUUCUAAUAUCAAUCUUUAAUGUGCAAUAAACAUAAUUACGAAACUUGUUUGAGACCGGCUAGAAAAAGUUAGAACAUACUGUUCUGGUGCGAAAACAAAAUCCAAGGACCGUGUUUCAUUCCUUCUAAUUGUUUUCAUAGCCAAUUUCCUCCUAUUUAAUAGAUGCACUAGAAUUAAAGUGAAUAAUUAGAGAAAAGUUGAAGGAGGUAGACCAGAAUUAAUAAGGAUUGAGAUAGUAAAAAAAAGAUAUGAUAACGUUUUGAGUUAACUAAAGUUAUGGUCUUAAAAAGAGCAAAAUGCUAAAAUAAGAGUUAUUUCCCAAAUAGUUGGAAUAAGGAUUUUUUUUUUUUUUUUUUCCAUCAUAAUUGAUUGGAAUAAGGUUUUGUUAAGUUGAAUAUUGAUAAGUAUUUAUUUUGUCAUAUUGAUGUCACUAUGUAAUACCAUUAGCCUACGCAGUUAAACUCAAGUCUAUUUUACAGGUCAGCUAACUAUCAGAGUUUGAACAUCUUUCCUAAAUUUUACCCUGAGUACUGUAGUCAGGCAAUAUACCAUGAAGUUGCUGAGCAUCAAAACCAUGAAACAGUCAAAGUGUACUAAUGCUAAAUAAAUUAUUGUUCAUUUUUCAUCUCAUCUUAGGCAAAGAUCUCUGAGUCUGCUAAGUGCAAGUUACCUGCUCUCGAGUAACUUCAAAGUACUCUUACAAAGUUUUGGUUUUGGCUUUAUAUAUAUAUGUGUAUAUGUAUGUAUGUAUGUGUGUGUGUAUAAAUAUAUAUAUGGAGUAGAUAUUGGGUGAGCCGGGCAUACCAUGUCAUUGGUAUGCCCAACCAAUCAACAUCCACCAUUUUAAUUUGGUGAGAGCAAUUUUGUAUGUAAGUGAUUACCACUUUUUGUGAAUGGAGUAUGUUGAUUGGGUGUGGAUCCCAAUUACUUAGUAUAUCUUGCUCACCAAAUAUUUUCUCAUAUAUAUAUUGGGAAGAGGGCAUUUCUUUUGACUCGCUUUCUGCUUAACUUUUGUAUAUUGUGAAUAAGACUCUUUGAAGGGAGGGAAGAAAAAUGAAUAUUUCAACAAGUGUCAGACCAACAAGUGUCAGACCAAUUGCAGUUGUACUAUUCUAGAUCAUAGUAUCCCCUCCCUAAUUAUUUCGACAACUAAAUGAAUUUUUUACAAUCUGACAUUCAGGAUUGAAUUUUUUUUUUUUCGCUGUUGAAUGAGUUUCCAAUUCCUCCAUAUACGUUGUUCACUGCUGUGUUGUUAUUCCAUUCCUAACAUUUUACGUUCGUUCCUUGUGGUUUAAGUAGAAACAUCAGUUUUGAAUCUGCCUGUACAGAGGAUGGAUUACUUCGUACCUAGGUGAUAUGGGGGACAAACACAGGAUGCUUGAUUUGUGAAAAUGUAACUAAUUAUUUCCAGCACUGUCAUAUGGUGGUCUGUAAUUUUCCCCGGACUAUGCAAUGCUCAAGUUAUAUGUAACUAACUCUUUUUUUUUUCUUUUUUCUUUUUUUCAAAAAGGGUACUGUGCAAUGCUCAAGUCUAUUAAGCUUUCUAAAUCACUCUUGUAACGAGUUUUCAGCCAAUGACUCCCAAACCAGAUGGCUUUAGGGCAUUAGGUGUUAAAACACUCCUACGGACCUAAUUGCUCAAGUAAUCUAGGUAACUUAAACUUCUUAUGUAAUGAACUUUUAGCUAAUGACUCCCAAAUCAGAUGGUUUUAGGGCAUUAGGUGUUGAAACAUCCCUAAGGACUUAAUUGUUCAAGCAAUCUGGGUACAGACCCAAACCAUUUUUCUCUCUUUUCAUUUGUUUCUUUCACAUUGGUAAAAAACUUUUUUUUUUUUUUUUUCAUUGCAUACACAUCAUAUUAUUUCUUUCAUCAUGUUUUUUUAUACAUUGGUUCUCAAAACCAUCAAAUUCACUUUUUUUAUCUUAGUUUAACACAAAUCAGAAUAAGACUUCAAGUUUAUAUCCCACAAAAUGCAUGUAAGUGUGAACAUGUAUAAAGUGAAGUACUUUAGAGAUCAAAAUCAUCAAAUAAUAAUCAUCUUGACAAAGUAGACCUAUUUAGCAUGAAUUCGGCAUACAAGCCAUCUUAAACCAAUAUCAGACUGCAUAUGGAUGUCACAACAAUCAACAGACUUAAAAUCAUGCUUAAAUAAUUAAAUUGCAUCCUCUUAUGCACAAUAUAUGAACAACAAAAUUUUAAAAUUUUAAAAGGCAUUGCCUUAUCCCCAAACUUAAGAUGCACAUUGUCCUCAAUGUGUGAAAAUAGAUGUAGAGUUAGAAAGAUAUUACCAAAUAUGCAGAACCAGCAAGGAUUAAGAAUUGAUUGCUCAGAGGAAUAAAAUCGUCACUUCACCUCCGAACUUAGUCCUUAGUACUUGACAAAACAAUCACACUCUACAAAACACAUCAGAGUAUCAAGUAUAUGGAGUAAAACAGAUAUAUCAUUAUGUACAAGUCAUUUAAGUUUUUUUAUUUAUUUAUUUAUUUUAAUCAAAACAAAACAAAACAAACCUAAUCUAAAAAUAAAAGAAAAAUACACAAAGAAACUAACCUAUUUUUUUCUUUUUCUUUUUAAAUCAAAACAAACCUAAACUAA